AUGAGACCUGACAUCUUGAAACUCAUCUCUGACAGGCUCCAUCACUGCUUCGAUUACAUCAAUUUCCGUAUGGUUUGCACCCCCUGGCGGUCCGCAGUCCCGCCGAAAAAAUUCCCUCCGCUUCUCAUCCUUCCGCCCGAGCCCGACAUCGGCGACCUCCGCUUCUUCGACCCCGCCGAUGGCGUCGUCCACUCCCUCCUCCUGCCGGAAGAAGCCCGGAACAAGAUCUUCUGCGGAACGUCCCGCGGCUGGCUCGCCCUCAUGGACGAGGCCAACCAGUCCACGUUCCUCGUCAACCCCUUCACCCCGGACCGAUACCUUCUCCCUCUCACCCCCCAGCGCGUCUACUUCGCCUCCCACCCCAGGGGGGCAGGCAGCGGUCACUGGAUCUCUCAGCGUGAGUGCAUCAGCGAGAUCGUCAUGUCCGCGUCUCCAAACGCGGGGGCCGAGUGCAUAGUGAUGGCCCGGCUUCGAUCGUGCCUUCAGUUAGUCUUCUGCCGGCUCGGCGAUGCCGUCUGGACUGACGUCGACACCCACUAUGAAGUCGACGGCGUCGCAUUCUGUGAUGGCAGCUUCUAUGCCCUGAAUCGCUAUGGAAGGAUCUUGAUCCUCGAGUUGGGCCCUGAUGGAAGCGUGAUUUUUCCCCAAAAAAAAAAAAAGGAAGCGUGA